UUUAUUUUUCAUUUUCAAAAAGAAGAGAGAAUUACCUACUGACUUGACUGGUUGAAAGGGAAGUCAACUCAACGAGAAAAGAUUUGUUUUUAUUUUAUUUGUUCGCUGUUUUGGAUAAAAGUAUAUCCCUGUCGUGAUUCUCACGAAUCAAAUAUUAUUUACCUAUUUGGCAGAUAUUUUAUUAUGAUAUAUAAUGGACGCGAUGUUUGAUAUUUGCUACCUAUCCUCUGAGGGUAACAAUGCCGAACCUGACGACAUCCCGAAGACAAAGGACAAUGUUUGGAUUCUGGGUAAAAAAUACAGUGCAAUACAAGAAUUAGACCGCAUAAGACGUGAUAUAACAUCAAUUAUCUGGUGUACUUAUAGAAAAGGCUUUGUCCCAAUAGGAGAUGAGGGUCUUACGUCUGAUAAGGGUUGGGGUUGCAUGUUGCGCUGUGGACAGAUGGUGCUCGGAGUUGCUCUCUUGAGAGUACAUUUGUCUGCAGAUUGGUUUUGGAGUCCAGAAACAAGAGAUCCUACAUACCUAAAGAUAAUCCAACGGUUCGAAGAGAGGAAACACGCUCCAUACUCUAUUCAUCAGGUGGCCUUGAUGGGAGCCUCGGAGGGCAAACAGGUUGGCCAGUGGUUUGGACCUAACACUGUAGCACAAGUUUUAAAGAAAUUAGUUGUCUUUGACAAAUGGAGUUCAGUCACAAUCCAUGUUGCAUUAGAUAAUACUGUUGUAAAAGAAGAUAUAUUAAAACAGUGUACAGUUGAUAAUGAUAGAGGUGACACAUCAACUGCUGAAGACGUAAUGAUAACAGACUGGAUGCCAUUGCUUCUGAUUGUUCCUCUGAGAUUAGGGCUCAGUGAAAUUAAUCCUGUUUAUAUAGAUGGCUUAAAGAUAUGCUUUAAGUCGCCGCAGAGUAUCGGGGUCAUUGGAGGCAAGCCCAACCAGGCGCUGUACCUGAUAGGCUGCGUGGAGGACGAGGUCAUAUAUCUCGACCCUCAUACUACGCAAAGAUCUGGAUUAGUCGAAAAUAAAAUUACUGACGAACAGAAGGAAAUGGACUGCACUUAUCAUUGUAAAUACGCCUCUCGAAUACCUAUACUAGAAAUGGACCCAUCAGUAGCUGUUUGUUUUCUAUGCAGAACGAAGAACGAUUUUGAGGAGCUCUGCGAGACGAUAGAAAAGAGUUUAAUGCAUGAGAGUCAACCAUUGUUCGAGUUGUGUGAGAAAAGACCGGCGCACUGGGGGCCAAACACAUCGGAUAUUGACUUGGAGAAUACUAAUCUGUUUAAUGAAUUUGAAGACGUGGAUCGACAGUUCGACGAUUCAGAUAACGAAUUUGAAAUACUUUGAUUUGAGUAUAUCGAAUGGUGUUCGCAUCACAAGUAUGUAAGAUUUGUACAAGUUGUAAUACUUCAGAGCAGACGUAGAUAGUGUUAGAUAGCUUUAGUUAAAUAAUGUGAUAUAUGUUCAAUAUUGUAUGUAAGAAACCGGAAUGUUAUUCUCUGCGAAUUUCUACCAAGGCGAAAUGAGAAAAUUCGAUACAUUUUGCUCAUACUCGAAGUCACGCUCGCUUAUAGUAAGAGUUCUAACAUACUUUGAUCAGACUGGACUAGCGUAAGUGCAUAUUUAAUUUGCAGUGCCUUUAAUAAAUUUUAUCGUGAAAUUUAGAAUAGACAUCACACAAAAUUUACAUUCCCGACUGAAACUUACGGACUUCUCCAUGUUUAUAUUUGGAAUAGCGAAUAGUAAUUAUGUCAGGGUUUGCUGCAGAAUUUAUAAUGCAGAUGAUAACAUAUUAAAAUGCAUGGAAAUGUAGAUGCAAGUUUUAAGGUUAUAAUUUAAUUAACAAUAAUAACUGAAAAUUGAUUUAAAUUGUAUGGCAAAUUUAAUCAUCUUGUAGUGCCAAAAUCUUGACAAAUUUCAAAUUUGAAUUUUUCCAUCCACGCAAGCGCCAGUUUUAUACACAGCAAUGACAUUAAGGUGCGGGACGCAUAUAAAAGGCAUAAGGCGAGAACAGGAUGCAGCCAUCAACUUUUUUUUUGAACAGAUACAGAAAAGAUAAGGCACGGAUACAUGUGCGCUACAACCUCCCACCACCACCCGGACGCGACCCGUUCUCACUCUUCAGUCCUUCGCCACCGUACCCCUAUCUUUCUGAAUGUUCUAGUUCUAAAAUAAAGCGUUGUACGUAUUUUCAUUUUUAUAGAUAUCGUUUGCGUCGCGACGCUUCUAUAAAUUUUGUACGAAAGAAACGCGAAGGAGACAUGCUAAGCGCAAUCCUCGUCUCACGUCUUUUCUAUAUCAUGCGUUUACCAAACUCAUUACCAUGCGUUAGGUUCCGUAUCCGCUAUCCGCAUAUUACUUAAAAUAUAAGUGAAACUGUGUACCAUAUAUUCACGAAAUACAUAUUUAAAGUUCUAAUUUUAUUCGAUUCAGUACUAAUUUUUUGUUCUUUUUCAAUACGUUAUUAUGUAUAUCUGAAGGUUAAGUUGUUUCUAGUCACUUUAUAGGUAUAUCGAGAGAGAAAUCUUUGUGUUUGCUAUUAAGUUUGAUAUAAUUUGUGUCUAAGCUAUAUAUUAGUUUUUCAAUAUUUCAUAACGACUAUAGUAUAUCUCUAUGAUAUUGUAGAAAUAUACUUGUUUUAUUUGAUUAUUUGGACGACAAUGUUAUGUUUCAAAUUAUAAAUAAAUUGAAAUACUUGGUAAAAUGUUAUUAUCUUUUAAGCAUAAUUAAAGUACCUAAAUAUUAUGAAGAUGCAUGUGUAUUUUCUAUGUAAGCAUUGGUUUCUAAAACUUAUGCAUUUUAUUAAUCUUUCUAUUGUUUAUCUUAGCAUAAAUAUUAUUGUUUAGAUUUCACUGAAAAAAGGUAAAGGACAAAAGGUUAUGGUAAUCAGCAAAUCUGUUUUAUAUUCCCAAUGGUUUUCCGCCUUUUUGAGUAAUUAUUCCGAUGAGAGACAUAUAAAUAACAGGGAAUUACGCUCGAACCAUUAAAUUAAUAUUAUUUGGUAAAAUUAUAAUAAGAAAGUCGAUGCCAAUACUUUAAGAAGCUAUUUUAAUUAUAUUCUACAAUGUAAGUGAUUAUUUUAUUGCGUAUUAAUUUCUUAUUUUAAAAAUUAUAACUUUGCAUAGUAACUACAGUCCACUACGAAAAAUGGUAUAAUCGGGUCACGCUGAAUUUCUAUAUUCCUUUAAGUCAGUUCAGACCGAGAUGAAAAACGGCACAACAUUUUAUUACUAAAGUACUUUUAAAGUUAACUUUAUAUAAAUACAAAAAGAUAACACUCUUUACUACACGAAAGUUACUCCUAGUGUACAUACUAUUCAUAGAUAGACUUAAAAUCCCGCUUAACGAACGGACAAAUAUAUGAAAUUCGGGACACAUUUUGUUCGAAUUUUGUAUACUUGUCCGUCUCUUCGCAAAUGGCUCUUAAAUAAUACAAUAAAGCACACGAUCAUCAAUUUUAAAAAUGCGCAUUCACCAUCAUUAGAUAUUUAUAUUUAAGGAUUUUGUGGUUUAUUGCAAUAUUUUAAGAUCCAUUUUUUUAUGGACUAUACUUAUAAAAGUGAGGACUUUUUUGUUUGAUUUUGCUUAUAUCUAUGAAUCUAGUAUAUCGAACGAUAAAGUUAAAAUAUUAGUCGCUCUAUCAAAAUUUGGGUUGUGUCUUGACUACUCCCGGUGUGAACUGACCCUUAGUGGCCUAGUCGCUAGUAUAGGUCAUGACCAUUGGGUAGCCGAGUGUACCAUCUAUUUAAAGUACGAGUAUGUUGUUUUUAAAUAUCGCUGAUUGAGACAUUAUCAUUAUGCGCGCGUAUGUGAAAAGAGAAACGAGUUUAAACGAAUCGUGAGAUCUUCAAGGAUAUAAAUAGUCUCUAACUAUUCAUGGGCUGCAGGCUUCAUUAUAUGUAAUGUAUCUAUAAUACAUAUGAAUUUUUAGUAUGUGCCAGUGGUAUCAUAAUCAAAUCUACAAGUGUAAAUAAAAUUUAUGCAGCAAUAUUGUUAGACAGCUAAACUAUAAAUCUUACUUAUGCUUGUAUUUGUUUUAAAAACUUUUCUUUUGUCAAUCGUCGAUUGAUAUGCCAUUAGAAUAGAGACUUAUAUAUAUUGUACAAUAUUAAAAUAACAUUCUUAAGUUAAUGGUUACAAGUGUUGGUUUUUAGGUUUCCUACGUUAUGUAACGCAGUUUAAAUGCAGCUGCCAAAGACUCGAUAUUUUUUAUAAUAAAUGUCUCGGUAACUUUGA